AUGAUUAGUCGUAAGCUGAGUUGCAUAGGUAGACGGUUUCUGUCAUCUGCAUUUAAAAGGCCGGACAUUAAUGCAAUCUUUCCAAAGAAGAAGUUUGUUAACCGAUUACUGUUUGAGCUUGAUAGUAGGCUGUCAUUUGGUAAGCUUUAUCCAGUAUACGAACUACUUUACAGGAAUCUCGAUAAAAAUGCUGAUGCCGUAAAGAUACCAAGGGGCAUUCAGCCGACUGACUUGAUGAUUAUGAAAAAAGUGCUCGAGUUAACAAGAUAUCGGUCAAAAAGUACCAACAAGCAUCUUCUCGAUUUGGAAAACGAGAUACUUUAUAGAGCAGCUGAGUUAGGAGAUAAAAAUGCUUCUUCAUCACUAGCUUUUGAGCAAUUAAGGGAUAUAUCCAAGUCAUCACUUACAGAUGUGGAACAUUCAAAGAAAAUAAUCAAGGCUCUAUACCAGCAGAAUCAUCCACUCACUUUAAAGCUUACGGGAGAACUAGCGAUGAGCAAUGGAGAUGGUAAAAAAGCAGAAGAGUGCUUUCUUAAGUUUUUAGACUACGAAGAUGAGACAGUAUUGGCGGGGGAGGUUUAUGGGAAGUUAGGAGAGCUUGCAUUGCGGAAGCCAGCAUUGGCACAGGCGGAAGCUUAUUUUCUGAGAUCUAUUAAGUAUUCUCCUGUAGAAUACUCACUUCGGUCAUACUACUACCUGGGGGAGCUCUACAUGAAUUCUGAGCCUCUUAAGGCGCGUGCAUUACUGGAAUCUGCUGCGAGCCAGGGUUUAAGAGAGUCAUUUAAGGUUCUAGGAUAUCUAGAGCUUAACUACUUCAAUGAUUACCGCAAGGCUAAGGAAUGGUUCAGAAUUGGGAUGGAUAUACAUGACUUUGAGUGCCUGCUUGGAUACACAGACUGUUUAUUGAAAUUGAAGGAUCUAGGUGCUGCGCAAAAGUCCAUAGAAAAGUUGACGAAUCUGGUGGCUGCUAAUCCAGCUUACAAGAAAACUUACGGUAAUGUUAUUAACUGUAUUAAGGAUGAUCUAGAAGUUUUGCAUGGCAAUCUUGAAGGAUUAGAGAAUAUAGAUACUUUUAUCGCUGGAACCAGCCCUAAACAGAAAGGUAGGUGGGAUAUAUAA